AUGGGGCUCGAUAGCAUCCACUUGACGCUGCCCGACACACCAAACCAGGUGGGUCAGCCACGCUUAACGUGACACAUGCACAUGGGAAUGCGGAAUUCACUGUUUGUCAGGCCUGCUUGUCUGACUUCGAUCUGGCCAUCGAGACGGCCUUGCGGGACACGGGGAUCGACCCGCUAUUUCGAGACGUCCUCACGGCGAAGGGGCUUGACUCGUGGGACACGAUGCGCGCAUUGGUAGAGAAUGAGCCCUUGGCCUGCAAGGCACUGGAGGGCAUCGGCAUACCGCCUCUCAAGUGCAUCCACUUCGUCAACGAGAUGAAGAGAACAGUACAUGGAUGCGACGACACUGACAGCCAUGUCAGUCAGUCAGCCAGCCAGUCAGUCAGUCAGCGAGCGAUGGGUGCACUCACCCACUCAGGCCACCAGCAACACAUCCCCCUCCGACGUGUGUGUGUUGCUUCAUCCAGGUCACUGACCCACAAGCACCGCUUAUUCAAGACAAUCGUGAGAGGGCCAUGGUCACCCUUAGACAGCGGCAUCAUGGCGGCACUGCGGGGGCCGUCGUGGGCAGCGUCGCCAGCGGCCUUCUCGGCCUCAGCCUCGCCCCGAGCGCAGGCGUAGCCGCAGGUGUCGCCAGUGCUGCAUUCGGUGCCGGGCUGGGGUGGCAGCUUGGCACACUGGCCGCCAACUGGUAUGUCGGCUGGCGAUUCACCGCAGCGGGCGUCGACCUGACCAACCGACAGAAGGAGGUGCUGGUGCUGCACGCCACUGCUGCUGGCGGGUUGGCGGGCCUGGCCGCCGGUGCAGGUGCUGCGGUGGCCACCAGAGCGGCCGCGGCAUCCAGUGUAGCAUUGCGUCGCUUUCUCGCCGGCCAGUGGGUGCAGCUGACUGCAGAAGGGCGGGAUGUGUGGGUGCGUGUGCGGCCAGUGGUGGGCGUGGCGGCGCGGGAGCUCAUGAAGAUGACGAGGCAGAUGUGGGAGUGCAGCUACCAGGGAAGGGUCCAUGAGGGCCAAGUCGAUUUCGGCGCUCAUGCCGUCAAUUUUGGUCGGUGUGAUGAGUGGGUGCGGGCGGUCAUUGUUGCGCUGCUGAUGGCUGCUCUUGGCACACAGAGAGGCGGCCAGAUGUCCCCUGUACGAUAGAUGCCCCUCCGAAUUGUGUCUGUCAGUGUGAGAGAGCGGAUUUGUCUGUCUGUGUGUGUGCGUGAGGAGUUUUUUAAAUCGAUGACGUGCGUGUAGAGUAGCUGUCGGCUGGGCGCGGGUAGCCUCUGUGUGCAUUGAUAUUGCAUCCGGGGUGCGGUCGAUGUGAGGAUGGACGGAAUGAGUGUUGCAUUCAGCGCAUGAUCCGCGUGUCUCAUACUGAAGCAGACACUGGUCGACAGACAUCACCUCAGAUCCCUGAGGGCAGGUCUCGCCUCAGACCUCGUCAACCGAGACAUGCAAAUAUAAGAUGUAGGCAGCGGUAAUCUCCCACCCCCUGUG